GCCGGGCAGAGGGCGUGCGGGUCUCAGCAAGCUGCCUGGUCCGCCCAGGCCCCGCCCCCGGCCCAUUCAGGCCCCGCCCCCGACCCGCCCGGCCCGGCCGGGCCCGGCCCCGCCCCGUCCGCCUCCGUCACGUGAUGGGGCGCCGGGUCCCCCCUGUUGCUGAUGCUGCGGUGCGGUACUUGUCAUGGAGCUGGCACUGCGGCGCUGUCCCGUCCCGCGGUGGUUGCUGCUGCUGCCGCUGCUGCUGGGCCUGAGCGCAGGAGCUGUCAUUGACUGGCCCACAGAGGAGGGCAAGGAAGUAUGGGAUUAUGUGACGGUCCGCAAGGAUGCCUACAUGUUCUGGUGGCUCUAUUAUGCCACCAACUCCUGCAAGAACUUCUCAGAACUGCCCCUGGUCAUGUGGCUUCAGGGUGGUCCAGGCGGUUCCAGCACUGGAUUUGGAAACUUUGAGGAAAUUGGGCCCCUUGACAGUGAUCUCAAACCACGGAAAACCACCUGGCUCCAGGCUGCCAGUCUCCUAUUUGUGGAUAAUCCUGUGGGCACUGGGUUCAGUUAUGUGAAUGGUAGUGGUGCCUAUGCCAAGGACCUGGCUAUGGUGGCUUCAGACAUGAUGGUUCUCCUGAAGACCUUCUUCAGUUGCCACAAAGAAUUCCAGACAGUUCCAUUCUACAUUUUCUCAGAGUCCUAUGGAGGAAAAAUGGCAGCUGGCAUUGGUCUAGAGCUUUAUAAGGCCAUUCAGCGAGGGACCAUCAAGUGCAACUUUGCGGGAGUUGCCUUGGGUGAUUCCUGGAUCUCCCCUGUUGAUUCGGUGCUCUCCUGGGGACCUUACCUGUACAGCAUGUCUCUUCUCGAAGACAAAGGUCUGGCAGAGGUGUCUAAGGUUGCAGAGCAAGUACUGAAUGCCGUAAAUAAGGGGCUCUACAGAGAGGCCACAGAGCUGUGGGGGAAAGCAGAAAUGAUCAUUGAACAGAACACAGAUGGGGUGAACUUCUAUAACAUCUUAACUAAAAGCACUCCCACGUCUACAAUGGAGUCGAGUCUAGAAUUCACACAGAGCCACCUAGUUUGUCUUUGUCAGCGCCACGUGAGACACCUACAACGAGAUGCCUUAAGCCAGCUCAUGAAUGGCCCCAUCAGAAAGAAGCUCAAAAUUAUUCCUGAGGAUCAAUCCUGGGGAGGCCAGGCUACCAACGUCUUUGUGAACAUGGCGGAGGACUUCAUGAAGCCAGUCAUUAGCAUUGUGGACAAGUUGCUGGAGGCAGGGAUCAACGUGACCGUGUAUAAUGGACAGCUGGAUCUCAUCGUAGAUACCAUGGGUCAGGAGGCCUGGGUGCGGAAACUGAAGUGGCCAGAACUGCCUAAAUUCAGUCAGCUGAAGUGGAAGGCCCUGUACAGUGACCCUAAAUCUUUGGAAACUUCUGCUUUUGUCAAGUCCUACAAGAACCUUGCUUUCUACUGGAUUCUGAAAGCUGGUCACAUGGUUCCUUCUGACCAAGGGGACAUGGCUCUGAAGAUGAUGAGACUGGUGACUCAGCAAGAAUAGGAUGGAUGGGGCUGGAGAUGAGCUGGUUUGGCCUUGGGGCACAGAGCUGAGCUGAGGCCGCUGAAGCUGUAGGAAGCGCCAUUCUUCCCUGUAUCUAAUUGGGGCUGUGAUCAAGAAGGUUCUGACCAGCUUCUGCAGAGGAUAAAAUCAUUGUCUCUGGAGGCAAUUUGGAAAUUAUUUCUGCUUCUUAAAAAAACCUAAGAUUUUUUUUAAAAAUUGAUUUGUUUUGAUCAAAAUAAAGGAUGAUAAUAGAUAUUAUUUUUUCUUAUGACAGAAGUAAAUGAUGUGAUUUAUAGAAAAACUGGGAAAUACAGGUACCCAAAGAGUAAAUCAACAUCUGUAUACCCCCUUCCCAGGGAUAAGCACUGUUACCAAUUUAGCAUAUGUCCUUGCAGAUUUUUUUUUUCUAUAUAUACAUAUAUAUUUUUUACCAAAAUGAAUCAUUAUGUUGUUUUACUAUUUGUUUGACAUAUCAGUAUAUCUGAAACACCUUUUCAUGUCAAUAAAUGUUCUUCUCUAACAUUUUUAA